GCUGAAGGUGAGGUGGCCGCUCUGAACAGACGGAUCCAGCUUGUGGAAGAGGAGCUGGAUCGUGCCCAAGAACGGCUGGCCACAGCCCUGCAGAAACUGGAGGAGGCUGAGAAAGCAGCGGAUGAGAGCGAGAGAGGAAUGAAGGUUAUUGAGAACAGAGCAAUGAAAGAUGAAGAGAAAAUGGAAAUUCAGGAAAUGCAACUGAAGGAGGCUAAGCAUAUUGCUGAAGAAGCCGACCGCAAAUACGAAGAGGUUGCCCGUAAACUGGUUAUUUUGGAGGGUGAACUGGAAAGAGCCGAGGAGCGUGCAGAGGUGUCCGAAGUUAAAUGUAGCGACCUUGAAGAGGAGUUAAAGAACGUCACUAACAACCUGAAGUCUUUGGAAGCUCAAUCUGAAAAGUACUCGGAAAAAGAAGAUAAAUACGAAGAAGAAAUCAAGAUUCUCUCUGACAAGCUUAAAGAAGCUGAAACUCGUGCUGAAUUUGCAGAGAGAACGGUUGCCAAACUGGAAAAGUCUAUUGAUGACCUGGAAGACGAGCUCUACGCUCAGAAGCUGAAGUACAAAGCGAUCAGUGAGGAGCUUGACCAUGCUCUCAAUGACAUGACCUCUUUGUGAUCUGUGC